UAGAAGGCACUGAGUCAAGUAAACAAACCUGUGAAACAAACUUAGAAGUUUUUUAAAUUUAUAUUUUUUUUUUAAAUUCAAACUAAAGAAUGAGUUAAUUUCUAGUUUUUUUAUGGUGGAUAAUGUCUGGUGAUAUAAAGAAACUAUUAGAAGAACAAAGGUUACUUAUUUUGGAAGAUAGAAAAAGAUUAGGUCUCCUCGGUUCGAUAAAUGGGGGCACAUUUAAAGACCUGGAUGAACUGGUAAAAAAUACAGAAAACACUAAGAGCAGUGUUGCGGACGAGGAUUUAUUGGAAAAUGACAAAGAAAAUCAGGUAGAUAAUAGACAAGUAAUUAAAGAAAAGCCUGAACAGUUUGAGAAAGAUAUUGUGAUAAAUCAGAAAGUGCCGUCAACAGUAGGGCCUCUGGAUUGGACCAGGGGCUAUGCUAACCCUCGAGAUCAAGAGAAACGGAUCCUAAUAGACGCUCUUUCGAAUUCUGAAAUACCUUUUUCAUCUAGAUCGGAUGGGGCAUACGGCUACGGCGCUGCGGGAUCCGGGUCCCCGUUUGGCGCCCCCGUACUGCGGAGGGGGGAGUUUGCCCCUCAGUAUCACGCCCGUCUGAGGGCGGCACCCCACGCUGGCCUGGGCGAGUAUGACCUCGCUAGCGUCAUCUAUAGGGAUCGCCGUAGGGAGGACUAUCGCAGACAUUUGGCGGAGACUAAGCGAGAGAGUGAACCACAGAAGCGUAGUUUUGCAUCGAAAUUUGUUCAGACAGAUAUCAAAAAUAUUAAUAAUAAAUUAGUGCAGUGUGAACCCGGUACAUUGAGCUGUCGCAGAACAGUUACAGACGAGUUGGUGGAUGCCGCUUUACGAAAGGGACCUCUUCACGUCGAUCAACGACUGACCACCGAACAGAAUGACUUGGUGGUGAAGGCCAUGGACAAGCCCAAGAGUAUUCUGUCCAACCGGAGGACAGGCAGUCCUAGAGAUGGGUAUAACUCCGACCUGUCCCAUUCGGCCUACGUUCCCGGCAGCUUCAUGGACGGUUUCAGUUACUCGGACAGGGCGGAAGAAUUAGAACGGGAACGGAUGAAGCGGGAGGCGUAUCAGCGUGAACUGCGGCUCCAGAUCGAGGAGAAACGCCGGCUGCAGUCGAUGCGGGACGAGCAGGAGCGCAGAGAGAGGGAAUUAGAGAACAGGCGGCUGGAACAGCAGCUGCUGAGGAUGCAGGAGGAACAGGCAGUGGAGGAGCAAAGGCGUCAGCACAGAUCCGAACUGUUUCGAAGGCACAGCGACGACCUCUUGCGGCGUAAAACCGAAUUGCACGAGCUACAAAGACCGUGGCGCCGCCACGCGGAUUCCGAAAGUGUUCACCUAGAUGGACUAGGGGCAGGGGCGCAUUAUUCCCCGCCCGUGGCUCGAAGAACUCUUCCAUACUCUUCGUUUUCUUUAUCGGACCCUAGUAGAUAUAAUAGUUCCACGUAUUGCAACGUUUAUAGAAAAGAACCGACCUACGACACCGUACCCCUUCGCCACCAGCGACGUUUCGACCGAUUCGACUCCCUUAGCCGCAUUGAUUCCCUCAGCCACCGCCUGGAAACGAUGAGCGUACGCGACGGACCGCUCACCACCGCAGACGCCCUGCUGGGUGACUGCCAGCGCCGCCACAGUGCCACCCAACAAGACCUGCGCAAAAGCCCCAGGCUGUCCAGGCGCAACUCGGCCUCCAGGUUUGAGGAAGCGGCGUUACCGCAGCCCACGCUGCUGAAGGCGCGUUCUCCCGUGGCCAAGGACCUGCGCAACGCAGUGCCCUUUAGUUCCGCGCAGCAGCUACGUAGGAGCGGCGGGGGAGGCGUGUUGGGCCAGUUGGGCUCGAUCAGGACGCAGCUGCAGCGCGAGCAGCUGCGCAUGGACGAAAACUUGAGGAGGCGCGGGCUAGCGAGGACGAGAACUACGGAUGAUUACUGACCAUACGAGAAAUGUCGCAGGUCCAUUUCCUGUCAAUUUGCCAAACAUCGAGUACCCGCGAAUCAAUACCACGAUCCACCACCACAACAACCUGAGCAUAUAGCUAUUUUAUAUUAUUGUAUUUAUGACGUUGUUAGAGUUUCUCUUUAUAUUUAUAUAUUAAUUAAAUUUUACAACAAGAAGUUGCUAGAAAAUAGAUAAUGUUGCCAGUUAA